AUGGCUACUGAGCAGAAAUGUGGUCACGGCAGUCCUCUACAACAGUUCGUCCUACUAGCAAAGAACCUGAGAGGAGCCGCCUUAGUUUCACUCAUAAACCGCAUGCUGGAAACCCCGGGAGUUUAUACUUUCGGGGAAUUUCUGGACCUUCCGCAUGUUAAAGAGCUGUCAAAAGGUCCCAACGACGGAUACACGCGACUUUUGGAGGUGUUCGCCUACGGCGUGUAUCAUGAUUACCAAGCCAACGAGGGCACCUUGCCUCCUCUCUCUGAAGCCCAGAAGAAUAAACUAAGGCAUUUGACAAUCGCUACUUUGGCUGCAAACAUGCAGUGCAUCCCCUACAGUGUGCUGCAGACAGCUCUGGAGGUGGCCAGUGUGAGGCAGUUGGAAGAUGUGCUGAUCGAGGCAGUCUACUCAGACGUGAUCAGGGGCAAACUGGACCAGUGCAAGCAGCAGUUGGAGGUGGAUGCCUGCAUUGGCCGAGACAUGCGCUCCAUGGACACAGGAGAACUGGCCCAAACACUCAAGAACUGGUGCGCUAGCUGUGAGAGUAUAUGUUGUGCCAUAGAGUCGCAGGUACACAAAGUGAGGCAGAGCAGAGACUGUCUUCUCCUGAUCCAGCAGCAGGUCCACGCUGAGGUGUGCAACAUUCAUAAAAUGCUGACUGCUGUUGCUUCAUCAUCCUCAUCCUCCUCUUCCUCCUUAUCUUCCGCUGUUCCUCAGCCUCCUGAGCAGGAGAGGCUAACAGGGGGGACAGAACAAAGAGUUUCCUGCAAAAACACAAGCAAGAGCAAGAACAUCAGCAGUCCAAAACACUAA